CCCUGAAGGCGGCGCCUCUGAGUCCGCCUCUGCGCUCCUGCAGGGAGGCUCGGAGCGGCCGCUGACUGGCUGCGUGGGGAGCCGGUGUGGGCGAAGCGGAGGACUCUCCUAUAAAACCCGGGAUCCCACGGACAGACGCGCUCGUCUCUCCCAGACAAGAGUCGUGUUUCCCUGCCUAACAGCUGCUUCGUCCCCCCCGCCCUCGCCACCACAGUUCGGAAAGGAACCGAGAAUCCCUCCACAGCUUCCACAGAAAAGAGAGCUCCGUAUAUGGUUGUGACUGACGCUCCAGCAAGGAUGUCCCGGACCGACGAGGUGCACCGCAUUACGGAGAAUGUCUACAAGAACAUCAUGGAGCAGUUCAACCCGUGCCUACGCAACUUCAUAGCCAUGGCGAAGAGCUACGAGAAGGCGCUCACCAGUGUCACAUUUGCUGCAAAGGGCUACUUCGACGCUCUGGUGCGGAUGGGCGAGAUGGCCAGCGAAAGUCAAGGCUCUAAGGAUCUUGAAGAGGCAGCAUGGGAUGUGCUCUUUCAGAUGGCUGAAGUGCACAGACAGAUCCAGAUCCAGCUUGAGGAGAUGCUGAAGUCUUUCCACAACGAGCUCCUCACAGAGCUGGAGAAGAAGGUGGAGCUGGACGCGCGCUACCUGAACGCGGCGCUGAAGAAGUACCAGAUGGAGCACAAGAGCAAAGGGGAGAGUCUGGAGAAAUGCCAGGCGGAGCUGAAGAAGCUGCGCAGGAAGAGCCAAGGCAGCAAGCACCCCUCCAAGUAUGGAGAUAAGGAGAUGCAGUUUGUGGAGGCCAUCAGCAACAAGCAGAGCGAGCUGGACAACUACAUCGCCGAGGGCUACAAGAACGCUCUGUCUGAGGAGCGGAGGAGGUACUGCUUCCUGGUGGACCGUCAGUGCGCCGUGGCCAAGAACAGCAGUGCCUACCACAACAAGGGUAAGGAGCUUUUGUCCCAGAAGAUCCCGGUGUGGCAGCAGGUGUGCGCCGAACCGACCAAGCUGCCGGAUCGGGCCAUGUUCCUGGCGCAGCAGAUGAGCGGCGCAGCGGGCGGCGUGCCUCCCGGCGCCCUCCACCCCUGCAUCUCCGAGCCCAUCUCUGGCGCCAAACCUCUGCCCAUGCCUCCAGAGCUGGCAGCCCUACGGGCCGGCGCCGCCAUGGGCCAGCAGCGGCUGAUGGACGGAGCGAUGCCGGUGAUGAACGGAGCAGCGGGUGGAGAGGACUACCAGCAAUGGAUGGAGAGCAAGGUGGCGCAGGGCAAAGCCUCCCCGCAGCCUCAGCGGCAUGGAGCGGAGGUCUACUCCAACACCCUGCCUGUGCGCAAGGCCGCCCCCACAAAGAGCAAGACCCCCCAACUGGAGACUCGCACGCUGCCCCGCUCCAGCUCCAUGGCUGCAGGUCUAGAAAGGAACGGCAGAACUCGAGUCCAGGCCGUUUUCUCCCACGCCGCCGGAGACAACAGCACGUUGCUGAGCUUCGCCGAGGGCGACGUCAUUACCCUGCUGGUGCCUGAGGCGCGAGACGGCUGGCACUAUGGCGAGAACGAGAAGACGAGGAUGCGGGGCUGGUUUCCCUUCUCCUACACCCGGCUGGUCUCCGAGAGCAACGGCGACACCAUGAGGCAGCUUCGAGUUCACAACCUCCACCAUGGGAAAAGCAGCAGCACAGGGAACCUUCUGGAGAGAGAGGACAUGCCUCUGCCCGGUCCCGAUUACGGCACUCACACUCGAAUGUCUGCACAAAGCACAGCCACGCUGCACAGGCAACAGCGUCCCUACAGCGUCGCGGUGCCAGGCUUCCCGCAGCAGGGAGUUGAAGAGUACGAGCCCCGCUUCCCCACCAGCCGCCACGCUGCUUUUCUUGCUUUAUUUCCUGGCUCCACUCACCCCGAACGUCCUGCUGCAGCUCUUUGCCUCGGUAAAACGUUCAGGCUCAGUUCCUCAGAGGUCAAAUUGAUUUCCACAGUGUGAGACGAUGCGAUAGGACAGGCUCCUUCCUCUUUCCCUCCCCCCUCUUUUCCUGCCUCCUGCUUGCGGCAAUAAAUUCCUCUCGAGCCGAUCAAUCCGAGGAAGAGACGCGGGUGUGUCCGUCACCCUCCUUUCACCUCUUCCUCCGUCACCAUCCCCGAGUCGUCUGUCUGACCUCACGACCAAACCAGAACUGACUUUGUGCCAUAAAUAUUUCCAAUCCACGUGACGGACGUUCUCUCUGAGGAAAAUGGGCCUUUUUUUCCUCGCUUUUCAUGCAUGUACAUGUACUUUUGUAUAACUGAGGGGAUGAAACCUCCCCGCCCCUAUUUCCACUAAUGUCAGUGCUCUCCAUCAGAAUGACGGCGUGAAGGAAAUGUAAAAGAAAGCGGUUGAUCCCAAAGAGGAUUUUCAUAUUGUAAAAACAUAAUAGUUUUUAAUUUUACUGGAUUUUUCAGUAUUGAAUUAUUUCUGCCUUUUCAUGCUGUGAAGUUUUGUAUUCCUCUGACACCAGAGGUCCUGUAAAUGUUUUAACCAAGAAAACUGAAUGUUUACUGUACAUACAAAAAAAGUGCUUGUCACGCAGUAUCUUAUUAUCUGUUCAUGGAAGAAGAAGAAGAAAAAAAAACGCACUUUAUGAAACUAAUAAUCUCUGUUUGUGACUUUGUGUAUGAAAACAACCUGGAACCGUCUCGGUAUCAGUCUUUGAACUUGGACACUGUGCUCCAACACACUCAAACACAGGUGCUUCUGUCCAUGUCCUGCUGAGCCGUUUCACUGCUUCAUCAUCAAGCAAUCUGAACAAUAAGCAGCGCCGAUGUCCUUCUUUUUUUUUUUGCGUUUUCUGUGGUUCAAAUAAAAAACAAAAAAACAUAUUACAGAUGAUUGGACCGUGAUCUCACAUCUACACAUACUGGAGGCGGAAGUUUGGAAGUGGGUGAUAAUUCCCAUUCAAGGCGAUGUGUAAUCUAGAUUAAAUGAACACAAACUCAUGCUAACACUUUAAAUGACUCUCUUUGUAUCACCUUCUGAUGAGGUGAUUUAGUUCCCGUCAUUCCCGCUUCAUUAACCAACAAACAUGACUUUUAAAUCGCAACCUGCUGUCGUCAUUCCAGCACAUUUAAAGCUCUGCAUGUCAUUGGCCACCGGUUGGGAAACUGCUUGGGCGUCAAACUCGAUUCAAGAGCAUUGACGUUCUCAAAGAGCCCGUUGUGCCAGAAUGUAUUAAUAAAACUCAUUUACAAACUGUUAAAAUAUUAAUAAAUAGCUGUGACUGCAUACCUCCUAAUAUUAAACAUCGUUUUAUUGAUCAGUACCUCCAGGAUUUUAUGACUUUUCUUUUUUUUUGGUCAAUCUACAUCUGUUUUGUGGAGCUAACUUAGAAAUGAUUGCAAGAUUUUUUGCAAUAUUUAACAUGGUAAAUGUGAUGUGUCUCCACAUCUAUAACUGAUUUACCAAGUGUAGUAAAAACACAGAAUACUGCCUCCUACAGGUGGGAAUUGGCAUCACAUUAAGCCAAUGAUUUCUACCAUUUUUUUUUUCUUUUUUCAGAAAAUUUGUAAUAAACUCGCAAUUAUGGAUUUGCGUCCAAAGGAAAAAUGCUGGGAUCCGUUGACUUUGUGUGAAUUUCCACAAUCACAAAAAUCUGGAAGGACUGAUUGAUGUAAUUUGGCAGCAUACAGAUAAAAACGGCUUUGAUUGAUUGAUCAAAUAACGGUUACGACGGUUAUCUUCAAGGUUCCGUUCAUGCAUCACUCUGGACUUUGGAGGAUCACAUAAAACACAGUGACUCAGACAUGUUGUAGAAAAUCAUCCCAUCUCUAGACUCAGAUCUACUGUCCGAUUCAUAUCUGAUAAUCCAUAUUAUACAGGUUUAAAAUCAAUUUUAAAAUCCUCCCAUUGAUUCUUUGUGGAUGCUUUUUAUUGUAGAGAAACAGUUUUAAUGUAUUUUGUUUGGAUUUUAUAUGAUUAACCAACACAAAAUAGUACAUCACUAAAUGGGUGAAGUGGCAGAAAACUGUGACAAGAAUUAAAUUUAGAAAUGUUAUUUUUUAUUUAUUUUUUUUUCCCACAAUAAUUCUUUACUUUGUCUUGGUCAGUCACUUACAAUCUCAAUUAAAUAAAUUAAAACGUGCGUAUAAUGCGACACAAUGUGAAACAUUCAAGAUAUACGAAUACUUUUGUAAUGUCACAAUUGAUGAGCAGAAAUUAUUUAUGCGACUUUUAAUCUACAGAAAACAUCAGACGACGACUCUAGACAUGCAGAGAUCUUACAGCUUAUAAUGAGCCAUAUUUAGAAAAACCCAAAUUAGAAAGAAAUUUACAAAACUAAACAUGUUUUUGUUUGUUCAUAUUUAUACAUGGUGCCUAUUCUGUGGAUUAUAUAACUUAAUGGAAACUUUAAAACGUAACAUUGUUGAAGAAAUAUGCAGGUGACAUUUUGGAUUCUAAUGGAUCCACAGAAAACUGAGAAGUCAAAUCAGCGACUGAAAACCGAGUCACAGCUGCCCGGAAAGCCGUUUGAUUUCCUGUGUUUAUCCUUCGUGUUCUGCUUCUGAACCUGACUAAAACCUCAGCGAGUCAAAAAGCGUCACAUUUUAAGACGACUGUCGUCUGUUCUGACCGGUUUUGUUUUUCUGUGUCGGCCCAGUUAGUCCCCCGUCUCACUGGCUGUAUCUUCUGGUGUUUGUUUCUAGUCCAUCAGGAAACUGCCGACUUCUGAAAUUCAUGAAGGUUUUAACAUCUGUAGAGAGACGAAGACGGCGAAAUUAAAAGAUUAUUGCUCUGAAACAAAACGCUUGAGAUGAUUAAAUAUUUUUCAAGCAAGUGAAACAUUCAUUUGGAUCUGCAUCAGAUCUUGGUUUAGAUUUUUUUUUUAUUCUAUUUUUUUUUUUGCACAGUGCAGUAGAAACUUUGUCCCAAAUGUCCUCCCUCAACUUUGCCAACCUGCUUUCUGCCGUUUCUUGAUUCUUCUGAUGCGUUUAGACAAAGUCUAGAGUAAACGACAGGAAGCUGCCAGUUCUUCUUCUUUCUCCACUAAAAUAAUCUAAGCUACGACUGCAGAUUGCACAGCACUCACAUGUGUGCACCGACUGAGGGGCAAAAGAGUGAAAACAUUUUGUACAGAGGAUUUCUGAAAUAUGCAUGUUUUGAGGCAGCAAGAAGUAAAAAGAUUGAUGACCUCAAAUGUUUGAAUUUCUACUAUACAAAAAUUAUCAAAUAAAUGUCUUCAUAUGGACAUUC